GCGUUAGUGGGUAGAGGCUGACUGGGACUCUCGGACGCGUGUGUGCGCGUGCGCGGGCAAGGCCUGACGGGGCCUCAGGGUGUGCGUGGGGCCAUGGCGGGCUCUUCUGUGGGGGCGUGCGGCUGAGAGGCCUGUGCGCAUGCGCGCGAGGUCCAGCGAACCCCGGCUGUCCCUGUGCAGGGUCCCUGUCACUUCUCAGCUGCUGCCGCCGCCUUGUUUCCGCUCUAGGUGUGGGAGCUGCCCGGGCUGGGCGUCCUGAGUGAGUGAGAAGCGACGCUGUCCGCGAGCAGGAGAGGAAGCCAUGGUGAAGGCAUUAUGUUGAUUCCAUCCCCUGGGAGCAGUGAGGCGCAGUGAUAUGAGGUCUUUGUUCUCCAGGAGAGGAAGCCGAAGACGAGCUGCUGACUCUGCAGUUCUGAAAACAUGGUCCCUGGCUCAGUGACGUUCUGGGAUGUGGCUGUUGACUUCUCUCAGGAGGAGUGGGCAUGCCUGGAUGCUGCUCAGAGGGGCUUGUACAGGGACAUGAUGUUGGAGACCUACAGCAACCUCGUCUCAGUGGUGGGAAGCUCCAUUUCCAAGCCAGAUCUGAUCGUGUUCCUAGAACAAGAGAAAGAGCCCUGGAUGGUUGUGAAGGCAGAAGCAAGCAGGGAGGACUCAGAUUUGGAGUCACAUUAUGGACCUGAGAAAAUAUCUCCAGAAAAUCAUAUUCAUGAAAUAAACUUAUUGAAGCAGAGCAAAAUUCUUGACCCCGAAGCCUCCAGUUUUAGAAAUAACUCAGAAUAUAGUGGAUUUGAGAAACUACCACAGUACCCAGCAGGAUGUGUCGGUGAGCUCAGUAGCAAGGAGAACAUGCCUGCUUAUACCUGCCAUACCCCUUCUCACGAUCUAGAAAAACUACAUGAAUCCAAGGAAUGUGGGGAAGACUUUGGUUGUAGUUCAAAUCUUACUCAGUACCAGAGAAUUCAGACUGGAGAGAAUCCCUUUGGAUAUAAGAAAUGUGGGAAGACCUUUGGCCUUCAUGAACAACUUUCUCAGCAUGAGAAGACUCAUACUGGUGGGAAGCCCUUUGAGUGUAAUGAGUGUGGAGCAGUCUUCAUACAUCAGUACCAAGCUAUUGAGCAUCAGCAGAUUCAUACUGGUGUGAAACCCUAUGAGUUCAAGGAAUGUGGGAAGUUCUUCAGUCUUGGUUCUGAUCUCACUUGGCAUGAGCAUAUUCAUUCUGGAAAGAAGCCCUUUGAUUGUAAGGAAUGUGGGAAGGCUUUUCGAUACUGUUAUCUACUUAUUGAUCAUCAUAGAUUUCAUACUGGUGAGAAGCCCUUUGAAUGUAAGGAAUGUGGGAAAGCUUUUAAUCAUGACUCACACCUCAUGCGACAUCAGAAAAUUCAUACUGGUGAGACACCCUUUGAAUGUCAGCAGUGUGGGAAGUUCUUCCAUACUAACUCAAAUCUUGUUCAACAUCAAAGGAUACAUACUGGUGAGAAACACUAUGAAUGCAAGGAAUGUGGGAAGUUCUUCCGUCGUGCUUCACAUCUUACUCGGCAUCAACAUAUUCAUACUGGAAAAAAGCCCUUUGAAUGUAAAGAAUGUGGGAAAGCUUUUUAUCGUGGGUCACACCUCAUACAGCAUGAGAGAAUUCAUACUGGUGAGAAACCCUUUGAUUGUCAGCAGUGUGGGAAGAUGUUCAAUACUCGCUCAAACCUGGUUCAACAUCAGAGUAUACAUACUGGUGAAAAACCCUAUGAAUGCAAGGAAUGUGGAAUAUUCUUCCGUCUUUCUUCAAGUCUUAUUCGGCAUCAGCGUAUUCAUACUGGAAAGAAGCCCUUUGAUUGUACGGAAUGUGGGAAGGCUUUUGGUUAUCCUUAUCAGCUUACUGCACAUUACAGAGUUCAUACUGGUAAGAAACCCUUUCAAUGUAAGGAAUGUGGGAAAGCCUUUAGUCGUUCCUCAGACCUCACACAACAUCAGAAAAUCCAUUCUGGCGAAAAACCCUUUAUAUGUAAAGAAUGUGGGAAGGCUUUUAUAUAUCAUUGUCGACUUACUAAACAUUACCGAAUUCAUAGUGGUGAGAAACCAUUUUAAUGUAAGCAGUGUGGGGUAAUCUCCAGUACCAGCUCAAACCCUGUUCAACACUAGAGUAUUCGUACUGGUUAGAAACCCUGCACAUGUAAUGGAUGUGGGAAGGCCUUUAAUCAUCACUCAAACCUCAUGAAACAUCAGAAAUUUACUCUGCCGAGAAACCUUUUUACUAUAAAGACUGUGAGGAAGCCUUCAUUCUUCUCACACAGCUUGCUCAACAUCAGCAUUCAUACUGAAGCUCUAUGAAUAUCAGCAGUGUGGGAAGGCCUUUAGACUUCACCUACGGCUUUCUCAACAUCAGAACACUCAUACUGUUGAGAAACCUUUUGAAUGCAAAUAGCGUGGGAAUGCCUUCGGACAUCAGUAUCAACUUACUGAACAUCACAUUUCAUACUGAUGUGAAACCCCGUCAGUGUGAGGAACGUGGGAAGGGCUUCCACACGCAAGCCUCAGAGCCAUCAGAGAACCCACGCUGGUGGGAAGCCCUUUGAAUGUCAGGAAUGUGGGGAAGCUUUUUGCCAUCAUUACCAAUGUCUUAGGUGUUAGAGAAUUCAUACUGGUGAGAAUCCCCAUGAAUGUGAAGAAUGGAAGAAACACUACUUGUGGUAGAGACCUGACAGUGUAUCAAAGGAUUCAAACUGGUGAGAAACCAUGCCAGUGUAAAGAGCGUGGGAGUGCCUUCAUUUGUAAAUCAAACCUAGUUAAACAUGCUAAAAUUCAUAAUGGUGAAAAGCCCUACUAAUGUAAGGAAUGUAGAAAAGCUUUUAGCAGCAAUUCUGAACUGACUACAUCAGAGGAUUCAUACUAACCUUAUGAUUGUAAGGAUCAUGGGAAAAUUUAGAUUUAGUUCAGGUUUCAUAUCAAGUGAGAUUAGUCAUACUGGUAUGGAACUUACCAGUAUAAGGACCUGAGGGUUUCCUCAACAUAAAAGAAUUCAUACUGGAGAGAAACCAUAUGAGUAUAAAGAACAUGAGAGGACUUAGUUCAGUGCUUCCUACACAUCAGAGAAUUCAUACUGGUGUGAAACCCUAUGAGUAUAAGGUAUGUGCAAAAGCUUUUACUGUAAACAGUAAGCUUACUUAACCUCAGAAAAUUCAUAAAACAGCACUCAGGAAGCAGAGGUAAGAGGAUUGCUGUGAGUUUGAGGCCAACCUGAGACUACAUAGUUAAUUCCAGGUCAGUCUGAGCUAGAGUGAGACCCUACCUCAAAAAACCAAAAGCUAAAUGAAUAAAGUGUGGACAAGCCUUUGUGUGAAAAGUUUACUCAACAUCAACUCAUUUGGGUGAAAAAAUUCUAUGACUUAAGGAAUGAAUGCUGAAGAGAGGUCUUUACAUUCUAAGGUGUUCAAGCAAAAACCUUCCCACAUUCUUAUUUUAGAAAGUGUUUUUCACCAAUGUGAAUACAUUUUGUUGAUGAAGACCUAGGGCAUAAUACAAGUUCCUGGUGAUAAUGGAGGUGGAUACAUACAAUCUCAGUGCUUGGAAAGCUGAGACAGGAUGAUUGUGAGAUGGAGACAAACUUGUUGCUACAAAGUAAGACUAAAGUUAGUGACUGAAAACCAUCUCUGGUCAUUUCUGCUGGAUGGAUGCAGAUUCUUGGGCAUCUGCUUGCUGCCAUUUGACUCUUCCGUGUUUCAGCAGGGUUACUCCAGUCAUUUCUAUGUGUUCCUUAGUGCUGGGGUUGGUGUCCAUUCUUAUCUGCUGCGUGCAAUGUCCCUAAUAAACUUGUUCAAAUUCUAAA